CAGGCGUGACGACGCGGCCUCCUCGAGCUCGUCGGUGGGCAUCCGGGGCGCUGGCGCGGAAGGGGCGCCGGCGUUGGCGCAGGCGCAGGCAGCGGAGGAUGCCGCCGAGGCGGCGCAGCCGCUCCGGCCGCCGCAGCAGCCGCACCAGCAGCCGCAGCCGCAGCAGCAGCAGCCGCAGCAGCAGGAGGCGGAGGAGCCCGCGAGCGGCCCACAGGCGAUGGCGGUGCCGCGGCGCGAGGCGAGCCGAGGGGAGGCCGGGCCCAGAGGCUCGUCCUCGCUGGACGGGGCGGGGCCCCCGGGCGGCAGAGAGAAGGGGGCCCUGCCGGAGAGCCCCUCGGCGGUGGGCCUCUCGGACGCCAGCACCGUCGACCUCACGCUGGAGAGCAUCGACCAGAACGAAGCGUCGAUCAACUCGCAGCUGCUGGCGAUCUGGGAGGAGAGCCGGAGCAUCAAGGUCGGCAUCGACGCCGCCACCAGCGAGGAGGAGAAGGAGGGCAGGCUGCGGGCGCUGCUCCUGCAGAAGCGGGACGCGAAGCGCCUCAUGGAGCAGAAGCAGGCGCUCAUUGACCGCCGCAUGCAGCUCACCCGCCUGGAGCAUCUCGAGCGUGAGCUCGAGCGCGAGUCUCGCGACCUAGAGGAGCUGGACAGCGUGAUCAAGCUCAAUGUGGACGAGGAGGUGCAACGCCAGCUGGCCCAGUGCCGCGAUGGGUUCGGGGUCGGCUCCGAGGCGCCGAGAGGUUUCGAGGAGCCCGAGCCCCACCCCGAGUGGCACGCCCGGGAGCAGCAGCUGAACCGCCUCCGUGCCCAGCUCUCGGAGCGGAAGGGCGCGCUGGAACACGAGCGGCGCUUGCGCGAGGA